AUGUCAAGUAAACAACAAUGGGUUAGUUCUGCUAUUCAAAGUGAUUCGAGUGGAAGAUCACUCAGUAACGUCAACAGGCUUGCAGGAGACCAACAAUCUAUUAACGAUCGUGCGUUAUCGUUAUUGCAGAGAACAAGAGCGACAAAGAACCUGUUUCCAAGAAGAGAGGAAAGAAGACGUUAUGAAAGCUCAAAAAGUGACCUAGAUAUCGAAACAGACUACGAAGACCAAGCAGGUAAUCUAGAAAUCGAGACAGAAAAUGAAGAAGAAGCUGAAAUGGAAACUGAAGUACCUGCACCAGUGCGAACUCAUUCAUAUGCCUUAGACAGAUAUGUUAGACAGAAAAGGAGGGAAAAACAAAGAAAGCAGAGCUUAAAGCGCGUCGAAAAGAAAUAUACUCCUAGUGAAUUAGCUCUGUACGAAAUUCGAAAAUACCAACGUUCCACGGAUUUAUUAAUCUCCAAAAUUCCAUUUGCAAGGCUAGUGAAAGAAGUUACAGACGAGUUUACAACUAAAGAUCAGGAUUUACGUUGGCAGUCAAUGGCGAUUAUGGCGUUACAGGAAGCAAGCGAAGCGUAUCUGGUAGGAUUAUUGGAACAUACAAACCUCUUGGCGCUGCAUGCAAAAAGAAUUACUAUAAUGAAGAAAGACAUGCAACUAGCAAGAAGAAUCAGGGGACAGUUUAUUUAG